AUGUCUCCAACGUUGAUUAGAUUUAUUGCUCCUUUAUCACUUGUUUUAUUGCUGGUAUAUGCAUCAGAAGCAGCAAUCUUUCCCCAUGGAGUGCAUAUAGAGCUCCUCAACAAGUUAUCUGAUAACAAAAAGCUAACCAUUCAUUGCUAUGAAAGAUAUGGCGAAGAUCUAGGUGAGUUGGUUGUUCCCCCUGGCGGGCAAUUCAACUUUGCAUUCGUGCCCAGAGUAGUCGGCAAAUCGAGCAAGUAUUAUUGUAGUGUUAAAUGGGAUGGUUCCAAUCUCAAAUGGUUUGAUUUGUGGUCACAAGGAAGGGAUUAUAAUGCAUGCAGAGUUUGCAAAUGGAUAGUAAAUGAGAAGGAAGCUUGUAGGUUUGAUUAUGGUACAGGAGCUUAUUCUGUUUGUGUUGUCUACAAUCAAUGA